AUGUUCAAACAAGCAUACGACUACAUCCUCCACCAAAUCGAAGCCAUGAGUCUCUCGAGCCCGAAGCAGGACGGACCUUUUGAGCCGUCGCCGAUUGAUGUUCUCGUCCUCAAGGCUAUGAUCCAAAAAGCUAGGGUCCUGCCUCCCGAAAUCGUCGAUAGCAUCGUCGAGUUCGCAGAGUACUGGCCAUGCUCGCAUAGCUACGUCGACUAUCGCAAUCCCGUUACGGGCCACGAGUCCAAGGCGUUUAGACAGGAUGCUAAUACCAUGCUGAUCCGCACACCACCCGUUGGAUUCCGUAACCCGUUAACGGACCGUUAUGCGACUGACGGAACUAUCCCGGCAGAGGUCAUGAGGAAGGAGUGCGAACCUAAGCAUUUUGAGCAGAGUCUCGGCGAAGCCAUGCCUCUUCUAAGGAACCCCGUUCGGAAGAUUGUGUUUACCAUCAAGAGCCGCGAUCAAGGCUGGGGCGGCGGAGCCAAUGGCGCUACGUAUCACGGGUCGUACACUUGGUUCGAAGCCGGGCUGGAGCGGUUCGACCCUGAAGGCAAAUGCAUCGACGAGGAAGAGGGAAAAGCAUGCAGCCACCGCCCAGUCGACAAGCCGGACCAUUUCCUUCCAUACUGCAAGCUCAGAUCGGUAUACCCCGAGCCGGCACUUAUGGUCGACGGCCGAAUCCACCUCCACCACCCGCUUCUGCCGGACUCCAAGCACCUCAUCCAGUGCAACAAGGUCGCGGGUCGAUCGCCGAUGACGCACACCAUUACGUGGAGCUGGCUCGAUGACAUCGAUCCCAAGUCUGACGAGGCCGACGAUCUAGUGUUGUUCGGAAGGGGGAAGGAGACGGGCGACGGGGAGUUCGUGAGGAAUUUGAAGGUCGGGGAUGUCAUUACUGUGUGGGCCAAGACGAGGUUUCCGGGGUGGGUGAACAAUGUCUACAGCGUCAAGGUUGAUGUGUACUGGGCGGUUCAACAAGGCUGCGCCGAGUGGUCGGCAAACCGCGUCUUCCUCUGCGGCCACCCGCAACAACUGCUCGACACCGAAUGCUUCAAGACGUUCUGCGCCGUCGCAGAGGCAUCUCAUGAUAAAAGGUGCGGCGGCCAACCACGGAAAGCCGUCCUCGGCUCGAAGAAGCUGAAUGAGCCUUGCGGCGAGUGCAAGGAGGAGAAGAAGUGGAAAUUGUGCAACGGUGUGUGGGCGCAGUUGUAG